AUGCGAGCAAGAAGGAAGGAAGCCAAUCCCUUUCGCCCAAACCCAUACGUCACCCUGAAGCACAAGGCCAAGGGGAGCGGUGUGACGGACCUUUACGUCAGGCUCGAAGACUUCAAACCCAACUUGUCAUAUGAGAGCGUCAUGGGAACCAGCAGGAAAAGUCUGCAGACAAGCUCGCGGAAGAAACUUGAGUUCACUAGCUCCCCGGGAGGAAAUGUGAACCACCCUGCUCUCUCAGCGAGGGGGACGAGAAAGGAGGAGCUCGAGUUCCUGGAGAAUCUUCUGAGCAGGCAGAAGCGGGGGGCGAACAACGAGGAGGAGGAGAUCUCCGAUGAGAUGAGCUGGCAACGACGAGGCUUUCCAAGUCUCCGCACCAAGAUCAACGAGCGGAGGGAGCUACAGCAAAGAACCGUCCCUCAUCUAAAGCCUCUCAAGCACCGCAACGUGUCUGCCAUCUGUGACGUCGCGAUCCUGAGCAACUUCCCGACCUCGCAGGAGUACGCGAGCAACGCACUAGCAGCCUUCUGCUGCAUCAAGGAGGACCGCGAGUUCUUCCUCUCGGCCGGGGGGGUUCAGUUCACCAUCGACCUGCUCCUCAAGUGCAAGAGCAGCAAGGGAAAGAGCGAAGCCUGCGACGCUCUUGCCCAGCUUCUGAAGAACGAAGGAGCAUGCAAGCAGUUCGUGAAGUGGAAAGGUACGGAUUCGAGGACUGGGGAGGAGUUCAGCUCUGGGCUGGACCUCAUCUUCCGCAUGAGAGGGUCGAAGAACGCGCAGCUGCAGGUAGUGGAGCGAGCAGGGAUUGAAGUCUGCAAUGUUGUGCUGCUGUCAGAUGCUCUCAAGCACAGUGAAAGAAUCAGCCCGGAGUUCCUGCGCGGACUGUGCAGCUACUGCCUUGCUGGCGACCUGAAAGCUUGUACAAGGGCAGCUCAAACUCUGGUGUCCAUCUUCAAUCGCGUGCUCGACACAGGGAUACGAUGGAAGGUGGAGUCGCUACAGCCGAUCUUGGAGCUGUUCAAGUCCUUCGACAUGCAGCCUGCGGUGCGGACGCUGGUGCUGAGAGCAAUGACGGUCAUCACAAAGGAAGGAGACACGCUUUGCAACCUCUUGUCCAAGAUCGGAUGCAUCAAAACGUUGGCCUUGCAGCUCUCUUCUCGUCACAACGAGGGCGUGCCGAUAGACGAGGAUGAUAUAAACUACCUUCGCUCCAUCACGCAAAUCUGCGAGACUGAUCAGAAACGGGUGGAGGACGUGCUUAUCAUUGGAGCUGUUCCGAGAAUCAUCUCCGUGUUCAAAGAACAUCUUGCACCCUACGAUGUUCAGCUCAGCGUUGAGUGCAUUCGUCUGUUUGAGAAACUUGCUUCAAGACCCAACACAAGGUCGGAAUUCUUCGAUUCAGGGAUCGUCAAGCUUAUCAUCGACAUUCUGGAACUUGAAAACUGCUCUUGCAAACAUCUUCUACACCACAUGCUUGUUGAUGUGGGGCGACCAACACUCUCCUUGAAGCAACUCACCCACUCGCAGAUCUCACAAGAUAGCCAAGUGCAAGAGAAAUGGUCGAGAAUGGGAGCAGCGGACAUUCCACGUCUCAUCAGGCAUAUCAAGAUCGAGAACUUGGAGCUUCAGACCGACGUGCUCGAGACCUGCGAGCUCAUCUGCUCCAGCGCCAACGUGGUGCACCAGCUCAGGACGACCCCCAUCAUGGAGUACCUCAUCGACCUCCUCGAUGCUGCUUGCAAGCAUGAGAGCAGAUCGUACAUGCAGCAGAUACUGGCGGUAGGGACUCGUUUCCUGCUCGCCUUCUCCCGACAGGAGGAAGGGUUGAAGCACAUGCAGCUGUGGAAUGUGAUCCCGAGAAUCGAUCCCAACAUGCAGAAGGCAAGGGGGAUUCUCUACGAGAACCAAGACAAGGAGAAGAUCUGGAGGUUCUACGACGAGCUUCUCUCAACAGCGACUUAA